AUGGCCUCUUCAUGCAGCUCGGAGAAUGAGGGGCUAGCUGAGCUCCUCAAAGAGACGUUGAAGGAGCUACGAAAUAUCUCCUCAGAGCUGGGUGAACAAAGCAAAGCAAUUCAAGCUAUGACCAAGGCGCAGUCUCAACCUCCAUCACCUACCGCUGAACAGCUGAUAGACAAUAACACGACCAAGAGUAGGCCACCGAUAAGCGCUUCACCACCAGCAGAUCAAUCUGAGCGCCUCGAUAAUAGCCAUCAUCCAGAGAAGAGCGAUUUUGGGGGGGAGAGCGACUUUUGGGGUGAUACCGACGAGAUGUUUUUCUCGGAAAAGAUCCCUCCAGAUUAUCAGGAAUUUAUUAAAAAUGAGUUGUACUAUAAUCAGUGUACAAGAUUAUCGUUAGAAAAAGAACCACAAGACAUUAGUGCGUCCGAAACUAGACCUGUGAUAACUCCUCAGUCUUUGUCAGCAGAUGAACAUCAGAUCACUGCUUCCCCGGCAAUGAACAGUGCUCUGCAUAAUUAUGUUACUUCGUCAUUUAGGAGGGCAAGUAAUUCUUCAGAAAUGAACAAUGCUCCGCAGGCUGCAUCUACUCAGUCAUUCGAGAGACCAAAUACUCCCUCUCCGAUAAGCAAUGACCCGGAUAUUUCCACCAUACAAUUCUUGAGAGAACCAACCGCGUCCCAAGCAGACAAAAGCGCUCCGCCAGCAUCUGCUGCUCAAUCAUUGAGAGAGUCAAUAGUUUCCGCAUCAACUCAAAGUUCAAGGACACGUUUGGAAUGUUUUAUGGAUAUGCAGACCUGGGCUUGGUUCAAAAAAUUCCCCUAUGAUCAUCGGCUUGCACUGGAUUUUGAAACUUUCCAGAGAUUUAUUUCUACGAAGAGUAGAUUCAAAAAUAGCCGCUCUUCAAUAAGAGUCAGAGAUUGGAUCCAUCAACAAUGUUACUUUGAUUAUGAAUUUUUGUCCAACGUAUUUACAUUCGAGGGUAACGGUACCAGCAACUUCAAUGUCCUCAGAAAUCACGUUGCAAAUAUUUAUACUCAAAGAAAGGAAGCACAGCUCCAGAUCCAAAGAAAUGGAAAGGCCAGUAGACAAUGGAGGAGAAUAAUACAAGUCACAGAUAUGUCGUACAUGUACGAGUCGAUUGAAGAUCUAGCUCUUGCGAUAAAAGAUGAAGAUCUACCGGGUUUUAAUUUUAUAGAUACUGACACUAUACGGCUUUCUUGGGAGCCACGGAUGCGCUGGACGCAAUUUCAAGAAGAAAUGGCACAAUUGAGAUAUUCAGAGUCUAUACUAAAAAGUGCGUGGAGCUCCCACGGCCUGUGCAAACGCUCUCUUAAACCGGAUUACAAGAGGUGGGGCGCGAUCUUUCAGAUUACCUUCUAUGAAAUGAUCCCAGCAAAUGAAGAUCGUCGUAGUAUUUGGAAAACAGGGGCAUUUCGUAAUGAUCAUAUUCGAAACUGGGAACAAGUUUUUGACGACGUGGAGAACAAUCGUCUAGUUCUCAGGCGCAGUUGCGUUACGAUUGUUGGAUUCAUUGACUGUCUUCACAAGUGGUCUCCUGAGAAUUGGACCAUGUUAUUACUAACACCCAGCACAACAAAUAUUUAUAUAGACAUAUAUGGAGACAGUAGACAAGCUGUUGAUCGCGAGUUCAUAGUAGCAUUAUCAGGCAUCAUGGACAGCAGCACAAGAGCGGUUGUUCAUCAUUGGGAUAUUCUCGCAAAUUAUUUCGAAAAAUUACUUAGCGAAAGUGACAAUUUACUAGAGCCUCAGUUACACGACCUCUUACUUGUGGACGAUUCAAAAUAUUCGAAGUCGAAAAAGUACUUUUGGGCUUUGAACAUCUUAAAGGAGAUUGAAUCAGAUAUUGCUGCGGUAAUCUCGCAGCUUGAAGGAUUCAUGGACUUUUCGGAACAUUCUCCCCUAAAGAAGCAAUUCCCUUUACCAGAAGAAGGAAGAAUAAGUGCAGAGCGAGAAAUAAUUGUAAGAAAGAAAUUGGGUGUGCUCAAGGAGGAUCUCACCAGCAUUAAGCGUCGUUUUAGGGACCAGCGGGAGCUUACUAAAGACCUCCGAGACGGCCUUUUCAACGCUAGUGCAGUUAUGGAAUCAAGAGCAUCAACAAGAUUGGGAGAGAAUGUGAGACUACUCACUUUCGUGAGCAUAUUUUUCCUGCCACUAUCAUUUACCAUGUCUAUCUGGAGCAUCAACGACAGCGCCCUGGCGAACAUCAAUAUCAUGGUUGGUGUCGCAGUUGUCUUGGGCAUCAUAACCUACUUCGUAGUAUUCAAUGUCAACAACAUCGUCUUCCUUUCAAAUCAAUUUAUCAAGGUACUAAAAGUCGGUACCAUUGAGCACAUGAAGAGAAAUGAUAACACUGUAUGGAAACAAAGAGGCGAAGGGCUAACAGAGCCUGCUCUUGCAAAUGAGCAGAAUGCUACUCCUUCAAGUUGGCGUAUUCCUCAGUAUAUAUGGUUGUUGGCUUGGAAUUGGAUUAGUGGAGUUGUGGCUCACAUAUGGAGUCCUAUGAGAAAGUUGUUCGAGCGAUUAACCAAGAAGGUGGAACAGACGGAGCAGGGUGUUUGA